AUGGUGUUCACACUGACCCAGACAAGGUCUCGGCUCUCAAGGAUUGGCCCCGUCCCAUUAAUAGAGGAACUGAAGUGCUUCCUGGGCUUUGCAGGAUAUUAUAGGCAUUUUGCUGAGGGUUUCUCCAAGAUCACCAAGCCUCUUAACACUCUCACUGCGGGCUAUUACCUGCCCAAGAAGAGAGGCAAGACCUAUAAGAGAGAGAGACCUAAAGGGGGAGUAAGCCCCAGAACACCCUUUGGUACGGAAUGGACGCCUGAGUGCGAGUCUGCCUUCAGAACCCUCAUUAACAAGUUGACAUCUGCCCCCAUUUUGGCCUUUGCAGACCCCCAACUUCCAUAUGUGCUACAUACCGAUGCUUGUUGUGAGGGACUGGGAGCUGCCCUCUAUCAGGAGCAAGAUCACACAAUGCAUCCGAUGAGCAGUGUCAUUGUGUGCCUUAGUGUUUUGGCGGCUGUAAAGUGGCCGUCCCUCCCGUGGCUCUGCAGCCUGUCAGCAGUGCUGGGGCUUUGCAUGGCCUGGAGGGGUUCCAGGAAGUUCAUUCAUGUAGCUCGAUGCACCAUCAAAAGAGAUCUAAUGUGUCUGGUUGUUAUCCUCCGAGUAAAGUUUUCCAUGUACCGAAACUUGAAAAAUAAAAGCACCAUUCCUGCCCUCUUUGCCCAAAUGGUGACUCUACACCCAGACAAACCUGCCUUGAUCUAUGAGGCCACUGGAGAGGUUUGGAGUUUCAGGAAGCUGCAGGAGCGAUGCCAUGCUGUGGCGCACUGGGCGCUUGCACAAGGCUGGAUGGAGGGAGAUGUGGUGGCCUUGUGUAUGGAAAGCCAACCUGUAGUGGUGGCUUUGUGGUUGGGUCUGGCUAUGGUUGGUGUAGAGGCUGCAUUCAUCAAUCACAACCUUCGACAGCACUCGUUACUGCACUGUGUCAGUGUGUCUGGCGCUCGGGCAAUGGUGUUUGGGACAGAGAUGAGAGAAGCCGUGUUGGAGGUGAGCAGCUCUCUGCAGCCUGACAUGGUUUUGUUCAGCAGUGGUGAGCAGGAGGAUGAGUCGAAGCUCUGCAGCGUCCGGGUGCAGAGCCUGGACGCCCUACUGGACGGCUUGCCCAGGCAUCCUCCAAAGUACACACUCAGGAAGGGUUUUAAUGACAGACUUUUCUACAUCUACACUUCUGGUACAACGGGAAUGCCAAAGGCGGCUAUAGUGGUGCACAGCCGGUAUUAUCGCAUCGCUGCUUUUGGUUUCCAUUCCUUUAGCUUGAGACAGGAUGACAUCAUUUACAACUGCCUCCCCCUCUAUCACUCUGCAGGCACCAUCAUGGGUGUAGGCCAGUGUUUGCUUUUUGGUUUGACUGUUGUGAUCAGGAGGAAGUUCUCAGGCACUCACUUCUGGGAUGACUGUGUUAAGUACAACUGCACUGUGAUCCAAUACAUAGGUGAGAUCUGUCGUUACCUGUUGGCGCAGCCAGUCCGCCCAUCUGAGGCACAUCAUCGCAUCCGUGUUGCCAUUGGUAAUGGCCUCCGUCGCUCUGUGUGGAAAGAGUUUGUCCAGAGAUUCAAAAUCAGACAAGUUGGGGAAUUUUAUGGUGCCACGGAGUGCAACUGCAGCCUGAUCAACAUAGAUGGAAAAGUGGGAGCGUGUGGCUUCAGCAGCUGCCUCUUACCCAGCUUUUACCCCAUCAGACUGGUCAGGGUGCAUGAGGAGAACCUGGAACUGCUCAGGGAUUCACAGGGACUCUGUAUACCAUGUCUGCCUGGCGAGCCAGGUAUGUUAGUUGGGCGCGUCGACCACACUGAUCCACUCAGGAGAUUUGAUGGCUACAUUGAUCAGGACUCCACCAAUCGGAAAAUAACUCGCAAUGUCUUCCGGAUGGGAGAUUGUGCUUAUAUGUCAGGUGACAUUCUGGUGAUGGAUGAAUAUGGCUACAUAUAUUUCAGUGACCGCAGCGGUGACACGUUUCGUUGGAGAGGGGAGAACGUCUCCACCACAGAGGUAGAGGGAGUCCUCAGUGCCUUGCUGGGCCACAUUGAUGUAGCCGUUUAUGGAGUUUCUGUACCAGGCGUGGAGGGAAAGGCUGGUAUGGCAGCAAUAAGUCAUGCUGGAGACCAGUUUGACCUUGUUGCCUUCUUGAUCGCAAUACAAAAAGCACUGCCCUCUUAUGCAUGCCCUGUCUUCCUUCGACUCAUGCCAUCUGUUGACACUACAGGCACCUUUAAAUUUCAGAAAAUGCGGCUGCAGAGGGAAGGAUUCAAGACACAAGCAUCGAGUGAAAAGAUUUACUUUCUGAACAGUCGUGCCAGAUGUUACGAGACUGUUACUGAUGAACUGUAUAACGCCAUCAUGGAGAGCAAAGUAUGUUUAUGA